AUGGCCGAACAUCAAGAGGCAGACAUCGACUCCAUUGUCGACAGAUUGUUGGAAGUCAGAGGCUCCAGACCAGGCAAGCAAGUUACCUUGUUAGAGCACGAGAUUCGUUUCUUGUGCACCAAGGCCCGUGAGAUUUUCAUCCAGCAGCCGAUUUUGUUGGAAUUGGAAGCUCCCAUCAAGAUUUGUGGUGAUAUCCACGGUCAGUAUUACGAUCUAUUGCGACUCUUCGAGUACGGUGGCUUCCCUCCAGAGGCAAACUACUUAUUCUUGGGUGACUACGUCGACAGAGGAAAGCAAUCCUUGGAAACCAUCUGUUUACUAUUGGCAUACAAGAUCAAAUAUCCCGAGAACUUCUUCAUUUUGCGUGGUAACCACGAGUGCGCAUCCAUCAACCGUAUCUAUGGUUUCUACGACGAGUGCAAAAGAAGAUACAAUAUAAAGUUGUGGAAGACUUUUACUGACUGCUUCAACUGUUUGCCCAUUGCCGCCAUCAUUGACGAGAAGAUUUUCACUAUGCACGGUGGUUUGUCCCCAGACUUGAACUCCAUGGAGCAGAUCAGAAGAGUCAUGAGACCUACGGAUAUCCCUGACGUUGGUUUGUUGUGUGACUUAUUAUGGUCCGACCCCGACAAGGACAUUGCUGGCUGGUCCGAAAAUGACCGUGGUGUCUCCUUCACAUUUGGCCCUGACGUUGUUUCCCGAUUCUUGCAGAAGCACGAUAUGGAUUUGAUUUGCAGAGCCCAUCAAGUCGUGGAAGACGGAUACGAAUUCUUCUCGAAGAGACAAUUGGUGACGUUAUUCUCCGCUCCAAACUACUGUGGAGAGUUCGAUAAUGCAGGUGCUAUGAUGAGUGUGGAUGAGAGUUUACUAUGCUCUUUCCAGAUUUUGAAGCCUGCCGACAAGAAGCCAAGAUAUCCUCCACCAAACUCUGUGGGCAACAACAGACCAGUUACUCCACCAAGAAAGGCCAAGCGAGGCUCUAAGUAA